AUGGAAGCUCCUUACUCUACACCUUCCGACACCGAGGAGAUCGCGACCAUUGUCCUCGGCCUCUCCGGGCCGUCAUCCUCCGGCAAGACGACUCUGGCCCGCCUCUUACGGAGUACAUUCAACACUACUAUCUCAUCAACAGCACAGCAGCAGCAAGAGCCGUGUAAGCUCACCCUGCGGCUCUUCAUCCUCCACCAAGACGACUUCUACCUGACGGACGCGCUGGUGCCGGUGAUCAACGUGUCGUCGCAGGAAUUCGCCACACGCGACCUGCAGGACUGGGACUGUGUCGAGAGUCUCGAUUUGGGCCUGUUCGAGGACACGCUGCGUCACGUCAAGCAGUAUGGACGCGUGCCAGAUGGGAGCGUGAGUAAAGAGGAUCAGAACGCGGUCGGGGAGAGUGGAGUUGAUGACGAUGAGAUCCGCCGGGUAAAGGGGGCGGUGGAGGAUCGGUUGAGGGCGUUGGUUUUCGCUGCUGGCGACGACGAGAAGAACAAGCCUGCCGUGCCCAGAGAAAGAGAGCUCAGGAUAUGUAUCCUCGAUGGAUUCCUCCUGUACCCACCACCACCACCACAUCCUCCUCCUCCGUCGACGUCGGCGUCGACAUCAACAACACCAUCCGGUACCCUUACCACCAGCAGCGGCACUCCACAAGCACCACCUCUCGAACACCUUCACCACCUAACCCACAGCCUACUCUCGCCGCGGCUAUUCCUCCCCAGCACACGUGCGCAGACGCUCUCCCGGCGGGCACAGCGCACCGGCUACGUGACGCUCGAGGGCUUCUGGACCGACCCGCCGGGCUACGUCGAGGACGUGGUGUGGCCGAACUACGCGCGAGACCACGCGUGGAUGUACACGGAUGGGAACGUCGAGCGCGGGAAGCUCGAUGAAGCGCGCCUGCUUAGUGAUGAGGGCAUCAUCGUCUGUCCUGGCGGAGGCGCCUGGGAGAUGGGGAGAGUGCUACAAUGGGCUGUGGAUGUCCUUGUCGAUGCUGUGGCGAAGACGUUUGUUUAG